AUGACGCGUAUUGUCUUCUACGGGCUACGGGAUAGAGGACGAAGCCGGCCAAAGAAGUUAGUCCGCCAUCGCCAACAACAUCCAGUGCGCCCGGCAACACUUAAAGUUGGAUCACUUACUGGAAGUCGUGAACUGACAGACAGUCUCAGAAAAUGCCGUGAUGACAUAUGCUGUGUACAGAAGAUUCGUCGGAAAGACUCCAAGUCAAGGGGAAUAGGCUAUGACUACAAGUUUAUCUACCACGGCACAUCAAAUCGCAAUGGCGUUGGUGCGUUGGCGUUGAACAAACGUUUAGAAACAGCGUCACAGCAGUGGAGCUCGUAA